CGCAGAACAGGUGCCGGCACGGACGUUUAUGCGCCUGCGUGCUAAAGGUGCGCUUGCGCAGUACGGAGGUGCCACCGGGACGCGGUGACCCUGAGCGUUCCGAUUUGGUCCGCGAUGCUGAGCAGGUUUCUGGGCCCGCGCUACCGGGAGCUGGCCAAGAACUGGAUGCCCACAGCCAGCACAUGGGGUGCCGUGGGUGCUGUGGGACUGGUGUGGGCCACUGACUGGCGGCUGAUCCUCGACUGGGUGCCAUACAUCAAUGGCAAGUUCAAGAAGGAUGAUUAACUAGCCCUUGGGGGCCCAUCUGGUGUCUGGCGGUGCCAACUCUUCCUGCUGCCUCAGGAACACCCUGAGCCCUGGUGAUGGAUGGAAUGGACAGGCGCCAGCGAAAUCCACAGCACGCUGGUGUUCUAACAAGUAUAACAAUAAACUGCUCUGAAAGAC